UUAGCAAACGAAAGAAACUUGUCAAUGAAAUUUCAUCGAAACAUCAUACGAAGAAUACAUGAUAAAUUCUGUCUUUAUAAGUCAAAUGAAAUUAUUUGCAAUCUACAUGUUAAGAACUUAAACAUUAAAAAAAACGUUAGUGAAAUAUAUUGGAAAGCAAACAAAAUAAAGUUAACAUUAUAGCUCAAAAUGGACACAGCAACAGCAACAACAACAGCAGCAGAAAAGAGAAGCUUUAAAGUAACCAAUAGUAAUCAAUUCCAAGUGCUAAUAAGUUUAAUGGAAUCAAAUGAAAAAUUGGCAAAAUGUUUGCCGGCCAGUGGUGCCAGAGAAAGACUUUUACUGGAAGAGGCCUGGAAUAAUGUGGCACGUGAAGUUAAUUCUUAUGGACCACCUGAAAGAACAGGAUUCGAAUGGAAAAAAAUCUGGGCUGAUUUCAAAUCCCGCACCAAGAGAAAAGUCUACGAAAAUAAAAAACAUUCAAAUGGCGUGAAAGGCUUCUCUCGUAUACCUUUAACGGACCUAGAGCAAACUGUAGAUAGAAUAUUACAAUUUUCAGCAAUGCCUUUGCCGGAUGAGUUGCCAGUUGAUGAAUUUGAUGUGGCCUUUGAUGAUUUGAUUAAUUCCUAUGAAGUUAAAAUGGAAACAGAGGCUACCGCUUCAACUUCUCAACAAACGCAACCAAAAACGAGUGCAAAGAAAACAAAAGUAACUAAAAAAUCGAAAGCAUCAUCUCAAACUCCAGUAUUGGGUAAAAGAAAAUUCGAUAAAAUGGAAUUACAAUUUAGAUUAUUACAGCAACAGGUGCAAACCCAAGAUAAAAUAUUUAAGGUAAUGCGAAUGCAAGCGGCAGCCACAAAAGCCAUGGCAGAGGCCACAAAUAGACAGGCUCAAGCUUUAGCUACCAUUGCAGAUUCGACACAAGCAAUUGCGAAAUCAGUGGAAGAGGCUUUGAAAUAUUUAAAAAAGGAUUGAAUUGUUGGGAGAAAUUUAAGUAUUUAAUAACUGUUUUUUUAAUACCAUAUUGGUAUUUCGAUCCGACUCUCCGUCACAUAAACAACAACUUACAAAAACGUAGGUACGAUCGUAACGCACAAUACACACAUUCGUAAAGCAUUGAAACGAAAUGGAAUUGCUUCUUCUUUUUCUUACGAUUCAGUUUUUUGUUGGAACAUCUUUUUUCGAUCGUUGCGUAACUGAAUUCGUAAACGUAAUCGAAAUGCAGAAUAGGGGCCAAUUAUAUUUCUGGGUCUUAAAAUUUAAGACUUAAAUCCAUCACUCAGUCCUGUCGCCAAAAUGAAAUUGUCAAAAGAACACUUACCACAAUUAGUAGAUUUCAGUUAACAUUUUCUAUUUAAUUAUUUGCUUAAUUUCUUUUUAUUUUGGUUUAAGUUUUUUUUUUUUUUCUACAGAACAUUUUAUGUGUAUUUUUGUUCGAU